AUGAAGUUAGACUGUACAUUUGAAACUUUUGUGCCAUGCUUUUUUUCGGAAAAAAGAUAUUACAUGUGCUCCAUUAGAUCAUCUUCAAUAACGAAGCCAAACACGAUCAUUCAAACAAUUAAUGGAGAUCAUGACGAUGGAAGUAGUGACAAAGAUGUCGAAGCGAUUAAUUUUGAAGGUACAACGGUCAAAUACUUCCCUCAAGGAUUGAACAAAAUUUUUCCUAAUUUGAAAGCUGUUGAAAUUUUAAAUUGCGGAUUGAAAUCAAUAACUCAAAGAGAUUUGAUGGGACUAGAAAAUAUUCAGAUGCUAUGUUGUGAUGACAACAAAAUCACUUCACUUCCGAACAAUCUGUUUCAAAAUAUGAACAAACUUAUUAAAAUUUCAUUCAACAGCAAUGACUUGCAAUUCAUGUCUUCAGAAGUUCUCAGGCCAAUAUUGAAAAAUGGUUUAAAAUCCGUAGAUUUUAGCGGAAAUCGUUCCAUUGAUGCUGCUUAUUGGGAGUCUGAUAAUCUGGCCCAGUUCAUGGACAUGAUUGAUGAGAAAUGUCAACAACCAAUAAAUGAAAACUGCAAUGGAAUCGGAAACAUCGCUUCAGAUGGAUUCAAGGAACUUUGGACGACUGGCCGUUUCUCGGACAUCACGAUUGUCACUGACACUGAAAAAUUCAAAGCACACAAAGUUGUUCUAGCUAUGCAAAGUUCAGUUUUCGCCUCAAUUUUUGAAGAUAAGAUGAAGGAUCGACCAUCUGAUGUAAUUCAAGUGAAAAGCAUAAAUUCAGACGUUGUGAAGAUUUUCUUGAAAUUUCUCUACACCGGUGAGAUCGAAACAGGAAAUUCAAAUUUGUUGCAACUUUUCACUCUCGCAGCAAAAUUUAAAGUCGAGAAUCUAAUGACAAUUGUUGAGGAGAUGAUCACAGAUGAUCUAAAUGAUGACAAUGCUAUUGAUGUAUUCGAAUUUGCUUGUCGAUUCAAUUGUGAUUCGAUGAAAAUGUCAGCAUUUAAAGCCAUUCAAUCGAUGUUUGAUGAACCAUUGAAAGACGAAUUGAUGAAUGAACCAGAAGCUGUAAGGGAACUUGUUGAAGCUAAGAGAAAAUUCAAUUCCAUACUGAAUAAACACAAAAAGCUUAAAUUAUCACCAUAA